AUGAUUCAAGACGGCAUUUGCAGGCUGUGUAACACCGAGGAAGAGACAAUGAACCACCUAUUUUUCUGCUGUAAACAAACUGGAUACAUUUGGAAGGAGGUGCUUCAUUGGUUUAACAUUGAUCAUGAACCGCAACCGUGGGAGACAGAGUUGACUUGGAUCAAUAACAUGACAAAAGGAAAAGGUUGGAGGGUGGCUGUGUUGAAAAUGGUAGUAGCAGAAACCAUACACUACACCAUCUGGAGAUAUCGUAAUAGCAUUACUUUUGGCAACAAUGUAGAUAAUACAACCUUGGGUACUAACAUCAUAGAUAACGUGAUAUAUAGGGGAUGGCAAAAUCUUAGAAUUAGAAAACACCUAGUUAGUUUAAUGAUGUAA